UUAAUCUCAGCUUUUAAUUGUUGAUUUUUUGGAUAAUACAAAUGUUAAUCUGUUUUGUUCAAAUUCUUAAAUUUUUUUCCCUCCACCAUUAUCAGGAUAAUUAAUCAAAGUGGAAAAAGUGUCCAGUUGUUAAUUAGAGUAAUUUAAAAGAAAUUUAUUCUUUUUUGCUGAAAUUAAAUUUCUUUUGAUGAUUAACAUGAAGUUUCUUAAUAUCAGUUGAUAUUUGUUGGGAAGAAAAUGUUAAUCUGAUCAGUUUGGUGAUUGAUUUUCUUUUUACUUGGAAUUUGUGUUCAAUGUGAACAGAGAGACAAAUGGAGAGAAACUAAAAAAAGAGAAAAGACAAAACUUGUUAUGAAAGAUAAAAAAAGAAAGAGCAAAUCAGCUGAUAAAUUUGCUUCUUUUUCAUUGAUGAGAUACUUUUGUGUCUUUUCAACCAUUUUUUUUUCUUUCUCUUCUUCAAACAAUUAAAUUCCAUUGUUAAUGAUGACUUUUAAUUGCUGCUCAUUUUAAUCCGUAAUUCCAAUUGUGUGCUCAAUCCACUACCAAGGGGAAAAAACAUCCUAAUCUAUUAACUAGAUAAUCACUUGAUAGAGAUAAAUGUUGAACAAUAUCUUUUAUCAAUUCUAUUUCAACAAUAUAAUUUUCUAUCUUGUUUCUCUCUUCUUUGUCAUCUUCAAUUCUAAUUAUUAGAAUUCCAUGUGUUCAUUUUGACGACGUUUAAAUAUAUUCUAUGUUUGUUAUCUAAAUUGUGAACAAUCUCUCAAUCAUCGUGCUCAUCAAAAGACAUUCUAUCCUGUUACUCAAUCCCCGGAGAAUUUUGGAAAGACAUUCAUGUAUUAAUAAUCUAUUCUAUUCUCUUUCAUCAUCUCUAUAUCUUUCUCUCUCUCUCUCAUCCUUCCUCAUAAUUUGUUCUCUUCUGUGAUAAUUGAGACAAAGAAUUUGCCAUUAAUUGAAAGGAUCCAAUCAUCAUUUAAAUGACACAAGGAUGACCAGUGAGAGAGAGCAUUUCAUCAAUGACCCUGAAACUGGAUCUAAAUCGAGCCUUUUAUUCAAAUCAAAUCGGAUUAGGUUACUUCGGUUAUGGCGACCAUUACCUCGAUUCGUGAAAAUAUUUUUGGGUAUUGUCUUGUUAUCUGUCUCUCUAAUGAGCUGCCUUCUAAUGGUUUGGCCUGAUUUAAUCAAAAACAAUUUACCCAUAAAUCAGUCAUCUUUCAAAUUAGAUUCUAAUAAUAUAAUCAACGAGCUAAACAACAACAAAAACAACAAUGAGCACCAUCAACAAUUACCACAACCCCAACAAUCUGUGAUAUUUUCACCUCAACAAUUACCUCGACCGAAACAACAACCGAGCUCAAAUCAAGAUACUUUUAGUGUUACUGAUAUUCUUAAACCUUUAUCUCCAAAUUCAUUGCAAUCUUCAUCUUCCUCAUCAUCAUCAAUAUUGGAUCCAUUGUUAUUACAAAUUAAAAAAUCUUCUCUCAUUGUAUCUCCAUCCUCAUCAUCACCAUCAUCAUCAUCAUCGCAAUAUCGGUCAUUUGUUAAAGUUGAGGGUGACUUUAGUCUAGAUGAUAUUAGUUGGGAACGAGAUAUACUUAAUAGUGAGGUUGCAAUCAACAAUCAACAGAAAGAGAUAAUUGCAGCAACUUUACAUUCAUGGGAAGGUUACAGGAAAUACGCCUGGGGUCAAGAUACAUUGAAACCAAUUUCACAAAGUUACGCAACUUGGUUUGGUGUUGGAUUAACUAUAAUCGAUUCACUUGAUACACUUUUAUUGAUGGGAUUAGAGAAAGAAUUUAAAGAAUCUCUUGAUUGGAUUGAAAAAGAUCUUAACUUUCAUUCCAAUGGUGAUGUUAAUUGUUUCGAAAUGACAAUCAGAGUUCUUGGUGGUCUUUUAUCAUCUUAUCAUAUAACUCGAAGUGCAACUCUAUUGACAAAAGCUCUUGAUGUUGGUGAUCGAUUAAUUCACUGUUUCGAUUCUAAAUCUGGUUCUAUUCCUUAUAGUGAUGUUAAUCUAUUAACCAAAUUACCUAAAUCACCAGUUUGGUCUCAAGAUUCAUCUACAUCGGAAGUUAGUACAAUGCAACUUGAGUUUCGUGAUUUAUCCCGAAUAACUAAACAAUCAAUUUUCGAGGAAACAUCAUUUAAAACAUCUUUGCAUCUUCACGAACUAACUAAAGAUGAUCCAUUGGUGCCAAUGUUUAUCAAUCCCGCAACUGGUAGUUUCUCACCGUCAACAAUUACCCUUGGAGCUCGUGGUGAUUCAUAUUAUGAAUAUUUAUUGAAACAAUAUUUACAAACAGGAAUUGAUUGGUUAAAAGGUGAUUGGUUGAAAGCGGUUGAUGCAAUUAGAAAUCGUCUUGUCAGGGUAACUCAGGGUCCAAAACAAUUAACUUUUAUCGGUGAAUUGUUACGUCGAGAAACAUCCGUUGUUCAUCCUAAAAUGGAUCAUCUUGUUUGCUUCCUUUCGGGUUCGUUGGCUUUGGGUCAUCAUCACCUAACAAAGACCAAUGCUUAUGCUGAUGAUUAUGCAAUGAAAAGUAAAAUUGACCAACACUUGGAACUUGCCUUGGCUUUGGCUCGAACCUGCCAAUUUAUGUACAAUACAACCCAAACUGGAUUAUCACCGGAAAUCAUGUAUUUCAAUGAAAAUCCAUCGCAAGGUGAAGAUGAAUUAACUAUUCAUCCAGCUGAUGCACACAAUUUGCUUCGUCCCGAACAUGUUGAAUCACUGUUUUACCUUUAUCACUUAACCAAGGAUCAACAAUAUCGUGAUCAAGGAUGGCAGAUUUUUCAGUCUUUCAACAAAUAUUGUAAAAUACCCACCGGUGGUUAUACCAGCAUUGGAGAUGUUAGAGAUUCAAAACAUGUUCGUCCAAAAGAUCACCAAGAAUCAUUUUGGUUUGCAGAAACAUUGAAAUAUCUCUACUUAUUGUUCAGUGAUGAUGAACAAUUGAUUCACAAAAUUUUAAAUCAUUAUAUUUUUAACACAGAGGGUCAUCUGGUUAAGAGAUAUCAAUAUCCAACUCCUCAAGAAGGCUCUUCUUAGUUCCUUCGUAAUUCUCAAGAAUCAUAUUAAAUGCAUCUUUGGUGA